GAUCUUUCGCAAAUGGAGGUGGGUGAAAGGAGGAUGGAUCUUCUGUCCAUGUUAAGUAUGAUCGAACUGGAAGCAACGUCAGGCGAUGAGAUGGAAGCUUAUCUGUUUCAAGAAGGUGACGGGUCAACCAUUUUCCAGGCUGGUGGGAAGGAGCAUCGGAACUGGAAAUCAAAGAUCGAAACUCUAGGGGCCGAAUCUCUUGGAAGUAUUUGCAGCUCCUAUUGCUCGUCAGAGAUCUGUGAAGAAGCUUCAACCAGUUUUGACCCCCGCCUCUGCAAUUCCUCCUCAGAAAUUUGCGAAAUCAUAUCCGAUCUCAAUCUUGACACCUGUUAUCCAUCAUCGUCAUCAAAUUCAGCGGACUUUUACAUAUUCUCCCGUGACAAGAGCCCCACACCUGAGCGAGGAGCUGACGGCAAUGGCUUCCAAGACAUACACAGAAGAGACUUGCACAGAGAAAUGUGUUUAGAAGAGAUCGAAGAAGAGUCGAGACCUCCUACUCUGGAUAAAUCACCUUCGUAUUUUCUCAAAGAGAUAGGCUCAAUAAUAUCAGCUCAGGUCACACUCUCUGAGUCUGAAGGUCGUCAAAGUAAACGAUCUAUGAAGAAGAGAGUGAGAGAUACAUCAGCGUGCAACAAUGAUAAUGAUGAUGGGGGUCUCGUAUCAGAAGCUCAUCCAGUGCAGGCAGUAGAAGUUUCCCUACGAAGAUGGCUGGACUUCCUCGAAAAUCACGAUGUCAGUGCUUCGUACAAGGACCUUGUGCAUCUUCGCUCUUUUACAAAGCGCUUUAUGAAUCUUGUAGAGUUUUUCCUCUUCACGCUGGUGGAUAUACUUAUAACAAGUUCUCAUUUUUUUGAUACUUCACUGGAUUACGAGGACGGAGUACUGUUUCCUCCACUGUCAAGUUUCAUAGAAGAUGCUGCAGGUGAGCGAGAAAUGAACGGAACGUGUGGAGACUGUUCCACUUCAGCUGACCAUAGAAGCAGACAAGAUAAAAGUGAGCUCCAGCGCUUGCAGGAAUGGCUGAUGGAUGGGAUCGACUAUCUCGGAAGCCAGGAGAUUGUGGCUUACUACGAAGAUUAUCAAGUGCUUCAUGCUACGACCAAGCAGUUGCUUGAACUCGUGGAUUCCUAUUUUAGAAAUGUCGUUGAUCGGCUUUUGAAACAAUGUGCGGGUCUCGUUGGACAACAUGAGAUUGUUCUUAUGAAGUCUUCUGAACGAACCUCGAGGCGUGAAAAUCUUUGAUCCCAAGUCGCGUAUCUAUCAAAAGGACCAGCUCCGUGCUUCGGCCCCCAGGUACAUUCAGAUACUGCAGUGAAAACUUCUCUCAACAUGACAUGAUCUGUUACUCUUCUGAACUGAAAUGAAAUCAGGUUUACAUGAUGUCGGUCAUCCUACUCUGACACCAAGUCUCUCCAGCUCUUGUGAAACAUUUAUUGUGAAGUUGUGCUCGAAACUACUUGAUUCCAUGAAUAUCAAUACCAAAA